ACACUGACGAACCAUGAGAUUCUGGACUGAAGUGGCUUCACCUGCGGAAUCCUCCGGCUGUGUUUUAGCUCGGAAUCAAACGCGACUGGCGUUCGUUCAGGGCGCGUUUCUGAGCCCAUGGCCAGAGGAAUGACUCGCCCUUCUGUAAAACUCCUCACAACUUUACUCGCGUGCUUGAUAGAAAUGCACAACUUCAGGAUAACGGCAGGAAAAGAGUACGAGAGAAUAACGGGACGUGAAUCUACAUCUGCGAUGUCUCCCUCGGAUUUCCUGGACAAACUGAUGGGCAGAACGUCAGGUUACGACGCACGGAUAAGACCCAAGUUUAAAGGUCCUCCUGUGAACGUCACGUGUAAUAUAUUCAUCAACAGCUUCGGCUCAGUGACAGAAACCACUAUGGACUACAGGGUGAACAUCUUCCUGCGGCAGAAGUGGAACGACCCUCGGCUGGCCUACAGCGAGUAUCCCGACUCCUCUCUGGAUCUGGACCCGUCCAUGCUGGACUCCAUCUGGAAACCAGACCUGUUCUUCGCCAACGAGAAGGGAGCCAACUUCCACGACGUCACGACGGAAAACAAGCUCCUGAGGAUCUUCAAGGAUGGGACCGUCCUGUACAGCAUCAGGUUGACGUUAAUAUUGUCCUGCCCGAUGGAUCUGAAGAACUUCCCGAUGGACGUACAGACCUGCACCAUGCAGCUGGAGAGCUUCGGCUACACGAUGAACGACCUGAUCUUCGAGUGGCUUGAUAAAGGUCCGGUUCAGGUCGCCGAGGGUCUGACGCUACCGCAGUUCAUCAUCAGAGACGAGAAGGAGCUGGGCUACUGCACCAAACACUACAACACAGGUCACUCAAAAGUAAAUAAGUCUAUACUGGUUUCCUCCUCUGCUCCUGUGCAGGUUUCCUAUGUGAAGGCCAUAGACGUCUGGAUGGCGGUGUGUUUGCUGUUCGUCUUCGCCGCUCUGCUGGAAUACGCCGGCGUUAACUUCGUCUCCAGACAGCAGAAGGAGUUUCUGCGGCUGAAACGAAGACAGAGACGAAAUCAGAAGGAGGAGGAAUUACAGGACGGCCGUCUACAUUUCUCCGGAUAUAACACCGCGUCCUGCGGGAACGUGAAGGACGGGACGACGGUCAACACGCAGACCAACGCCAAUCCGCCGCCGGCCGUCCCGAAGGACACAGACGUGAACCGCAAGAAGUUUGUGGACCGAGCGAAGAGGAUCGACACCGUAUCACGCGCCGCCUUCCCUCUGGCCUUCCUCAUCUUCAACGUCUUCUACUGGAUCACCUACAAGAUCAUCCGACACGAGAGCGCCGGCAAAACCUGAUGCAGACACAAACACUGGGGAUAAU